GUCCUCGUGAGCCUGCAUCCCCAUGCCGAAACGAGAGUGUCUGUAACGAGUGUAGUUCCUGAACGGGAGGCGUGCGGGAACCUUCGGCCCUUCGCAAUGGAAAACACCUUCUGAGUUGACGUGGUGUCGAAGCUUAAGAGCAUAAUGCUGUUGCUUGUGCGACCAAGUGGAAGAAGCAAGAGCGUGGCAGCUGGUGGAGGACGCGAGAAAAGAAGGUGAAACGCGUUGGUUUGCGCGGACUCUUUCUGGUGUUUUUCUGCCCUUUGGGGGGCUGGGAAACACGGAGAACGCCUUCACCAACAAAGAGGAUGCGUCAGAAUGAAAAAUUUGGAGGGACUCUAACCCUCCCGCGAGAGAUCUGCGAUCUCUAGCAUUACAUCUCGGAAACCAUGCACACAUCUCCGUACAUGGCCGCGAAUAGGGACGGCGUCCCGAGCGCCGUCUCCUCGCGUUCGAUUCCAACGGGUAGAGACGGGGCUUCUUGCACAGACGUUUGCUUGGCAUUUUCCAGUUGCUGCGGUCCUAGGCCGUCUGAGUCCGUGGCUGAGGUAUCGCCGCAUUUGCAGAGGCAAAAUGCCCGAAGCGCGCGUGUGCCACUGUCCUCUGUCACGCGCGUAGUAGUUCUGUUCCUGCUCUCGACGUCGUCCUCGCUACUCCGUGUUUCCGGCUUUACAUUCGCGCCUUCCAGUCCUCGUGUGUCGGUUCUAGGUGGCACCGUCUCCGGCGGACGGUCUCCUGUGUCUGCAUGCAACUCUUUCUCUGCUCGAAGUUUGUCACCCUCUCUCCUGCCUACGUCCCACCGGGGCACCCAGUUGCCCACCCAGUCGUCCGCUGCUUCUUUGUCCUUUCCGCUCUCUGUCCUAGAACUCCAGAACUCGUUUGUUUCCAGAGAUCUCCCUCCACAAACCAACAGUGUGUCCGGCUCGCCUAAGGCGCUGCGUGCGUUCGUUGCUCCACCUUCGCAUCGCGCCGGUGUCGGCUCUCGCGCUCCUAGGGUGUGGGCGUCGCCACAGGCGAGUUGCUUACGAAACGGGGUAAAUUCCGAAAAUGUUUUACCAAGCACAUCGUCCUCCACUCUCGCCGCGGGUGUGCAAGCUGGAGAAAAGGGUGCCGCGCCGGCGCCGGAGAUUUUCCCGUUCCAGGCCGAGGUAAAGCGGGUGCUCGACAUCAUUGUGAACUCGCUGUACACCGACCGAGACGUCUUUUUGCGCGAGUUGAUUUCCAAUGCAGCUGACGCCAGCGACAAGAAACGCAUGUUGAUGGAGAAGGAAGGCCGGAAAUUUCGCGGGAGCAUUCGGGUGCGGGCUGACCGCGAGAAGAACACGCUCACCAUUGAAGACGACGGGAUCGGCAUGAGCAAAACGGAACUGAUCAACAACUUGGGAACCAUUGCUCAGUCGGGGACAUAUCGCUUUCUCCAGCAGCUGAAGGAACAACAGGCCGCUGGCGCCGGCGCCUCGACGCAAGCCUCUUCUCUCAUCGGCCAGUUCGGCGUGGGCUUCUACUCCGCAUUUCUGGUUGCGGACGCUGUCGAGGUGUACAGCACCGCGUGGAAAGGAGGCGAGGGAGCGACAGGAAAAGAGAGAGAAGUGUGGAAGUGGAAAAGCACCUGUGGCCAGACCUUCACUCUCGAGAAAGUCGACGCAGAGGCAGAACGGGCGCGGUGCCUGGCAGAGCGCAAAGUCCUUCAGGAACACUGGAAGAAGCAAAAGGCAGAGAAAGCCGAUCAAGCGACACGAGGCGACAGCGGCUCGAGCCAGACUGAGGGAGAGGAGAAGGCACAGGGAGAGGAGAAAUCGCAGGGUACAGAGGAGGAAGAAGAGCCGCAAGACUGGAGUGGAACGAGAGUCGUGCUGCACCUCAAGGAAGACAGCGACGACUACCUCGAAGACUACAAGCUGAAGGAGCUCAUGCGAAAGUAUUCCGAGUUCAUUCAACUGCCCAUCCACAUUUGGUCGGAGCGCAUUGAGUACGAGAGGGUACCAGAAGGCAGCGAGCAAGCGGCUGCUCCUCCGGCGAGUUCGGCCUCAGCAGAUGGUCAAAUGCCAGGUCUGACGCGACUCACUCCGGAAAACAUCGACGAACAGCUCGGCAAAGUCGCUGGGGACCCGGGCGCGAGGCGCCAGAGUGAACCUGGAUUUCCUUCCUCGACAGGCGCGGCUGGCACAAAGUUCAAAACAGUCACGCAUCGGUACUACGAGUGGGAGCAUCUCAAUACGCAGCCGCCGAUCUGGAGAAGGGAUGAAAAACUGCUCACUGACAAGGACUACGUUGAUUUCUACAAGUCAACUUUCAAGGCUUACGAUGACCCCCUUGGUUUUGUCCACAUGAAAGUAGAAGGUCAAGUAGAUUUCAACGCGUUGCUGUUUAUCCCUGGGGCGCUGCCGUGGGAGCUUGCCCGCAACAUGUUCGACGAGGAGUCUAGGGGUAUUCGGCUCUAUGUCAAGCGCGUCUUCAUCAAUGACAAGUUUGCUGAUGCUGUCCCACGGUGGCUCACAUUUAUUCGUGGUGUGGUGGAUUCCGAUGAGCUACCACUAAACGUCGGUCGAGAGAUUCUGCAAAAGUCUCGCAUGUUGCAAGUGAUCAACAAGCGCAUUGCGGCGAAAGCUGUGGAAAUGAUGAAGAAUAUGAAACGUGAGGGCGGAGAAAAAUGGCGACGUUUCUGGGAGAACUACGGCAAAUAUGUCAAGGUCGGAGCGGUGGAAGACAAAGACAAUCAAGAAGAUCUUGCCUCGCUUGUUCAGUUCUACUCCACAGCGUCGCCGAAGGAAACUACCGAUCUAGCAGGAUAUGUGGAGCGUAUGAAGGCGAGGAAUGAGAAAAUCGACCGUGGAGAGGACCCGCUGCCGACCAACUCGUCGGGUCGUAUCAUUCUGCGCCGCAAACAAAAUGCAAUCUACUACCUGGCAGCAGAAAACCGAAAGGCCGCAGAAGAAAGCCCUGCACUGGAGCUGCCUCGUGAACUUGGUUACGAAGUCAUCUUCGGAACCGAGCCUCUCGACGAGUUCUUCCUUGCCAGUCUGAGUAUCAAUCAGUUCAAGGGCAUCCAAGUGAUUGACGUGAACAAGGCGGACCUCAAACUGGGCGGUGAAGAGGGUGGAGCAGGGCGACUUGGGGGAAGUCCGACAGGCGCCGGGGGGCCAGGAACUGGUGACUCCCGUUCGAGCGUAGCAGAUAAGGAGAGCAUAGAAACAAAGCGAGUCCAGAUGGGCAGCUUGUGCGAGUGGUUACAGCAGAUUCUAGGAUCAAGAGUGCACAAUGUACAUGUCACAGACAGGCUCUUCACGUCACCAGCCGUUCUAGUUCAAGGUGACUUCGGGCUGUCUCCUACCAUGCAACGGUACAUGAAGCAACAAGCCGCAGCACAAGGUGUCAGUGAGCAGGAGCUGUACGGGGCAUCUCUCAAUCAACCGAUCUUGGAAUUGAACCCCUACCACCCAAUCAUCCAGCGUCUAGACAUCAUGGUCAAGAGAGACGUGACGGACCCGAAAGCGAAGGAUGUUGCGCUGCAACUUUUUGACGUUGCUGCGCUGCAAGGAGGAUACAACAUCGAGAAUCCAGGUUAUUUUGCCAAGCGGGUGAUUGAGAUGAUGAAGCGAGAAGCGGAUGCAGCGCUUUCGGAACAGGAAGAGCAAACGCCUGUGCCAGCCAGUGUGCCUGCACAAGCUCAGCAGUCUGGGUCGCAGAGUUGAGUGCUCACGAGAGCUCUGCUGGUUUCGCUGAAAAACGACGCUUGUCACGAGUCGUGAAACGCAGCGGCGGAGAGCGGAACAGACCAAACAAUAGAAGUGUUCGAUUUCUUUAGGGCGGACAAUGUGGAAAACAGCAAUUACAGUUUCAAACGACAGGUUAAUGCCUUGAUUCCCCGCGUCCGUUCCAGGCUGCGUUGUCGCCCUUUGGGAUCGUCCCGCAGAUGAUCUGACAGAAGAGAUAAGGUGUUUCUCCGGAUUAAACACCACGAUUUAACGUCCACCGCAGGAGCAGACCAAAAGUGGUGUGUGCAUUGCGAGUGAAACAUUCAUCAGGCACUAGCGUCUUGCUUUUUUACGUCGCACGUCCUGCUCAACCAGUCAGUGUGUAAAGGGACGGUUUGUUGCCUUCUGUUGCUUUGACCUCAAAACGACAUUCUGCGUUGUCAUAAACUCUGAUGCAUUCCAGUGGUAAAACGGGAUCCUAUCUAAGUAUUCAAUCAUUCUAUCUCAGG